ACGGUGUUCUCUAAAUCAGGGCCGUAUACCUACUUUUAGAAUCCCUAAUCAUUUCUACGGAUGAAAUUGCUCUAUCGUACUGUUUCCGAACGAAGUAUUGCGUGAAUGGAAAUUGAAAACCUGACAAAUGAUUACAUGUUUUUAUCUUUAAUUGUUCUUCAUUGUAUUGUACACAUUGAACGGUAUUACGCAGAAGACUGACCACGUAUACUGUUCACGUGGAACAAAGUUAUUGGUAUUUGAACGUAACUGAGGUUAGGCAAACGUUGAAAAUUUCGUACAUGUAAUGUCAAUCGCACGUGAAAAUUGUUCAUAGAAGAAGACCGUACGAAAUGAUUCUCUUCCAUGAAGAAUGAAAUUUAAAUUACUUUGAUGGCGGACAUACGUUACAGUGCCUCCUUUUAACACGUUAGAAGUACUUUUUCCGAACUACGCCGUGUCCGUAAACUAUUAACAUUGAAAUUACCAUUGUCACAUACUCAUAGAUACCUUACAUGUAUACGUUGACUAAAAAUAUGUGAUUUAAUUACAAUUUUAUAAAAAUGUGGAAACGCUGUGGUAUUUGCAAUGUGUUCUUUAUCAUAAUCGCUAUUGUAAAUGGGCACGAUUUUAGAAGUUUUGAUGACACGGACCUCUUUAAAAUUAAUUGGCCAGGAAAAGCCAAGUCCGAUUUAUUAGAAUCUCGGACAAAUGUAGAACCAUAUUUUAUAACAACUGCACAGAAUGAACGAUACAAGUGUUUGAUUCCUGAUACUACAAAUCAAGAGCAAGAUUAUAACGAACCAUACCAUGGACUGAAUCCAAUGGAAAUUUUAUCAUUUUUAUUUAAACAUGAUACUUGUUCCUACAGGGUUGAAUCUUAUUGGACAUACGAAUUAUGUCAUGGACAAUUUGUACGCCAAUAUCAUGAUGAUAGAGAUGGGAAAAAGGUGAAAACGCAAGAAUAUUAUUUGGGAUCUUAUGAUAAGUUACAAGAACUGAAGCUUAUAGCAGAAUAUGCAAAGCAGCAAGAAAAUCCUAAUAGGAAAAGAGAUAUACCAAUUAAGAAAGUUGAUGGUAUCAAUAUGCCUUACGUGGAAAUAGAGAUGACCGAUGGCACAGUUUGCAAUAUAAAUAAUAAACCACGAAAGGUUAAAGUUCUCUAUGUCUGUUAUCAACAUGAUAAACAUGAACUAUUUUCGGUGAAGGAAACUGUUAGCUGUGAAUAUGAGAUCAUUGUCCUUUCUCCUUUAUUAUGUGCUCAUCCUGACUACAAACCACAAGAUAUAAGAGAGAACGAAAUUAAUUGUCUACCGGUUGAUACAGCACCAACAAAACCAAGAGUUCUUAUGGCAAUGGAGAUGGAAAGUUUAACAUUGCGGCAUCAAAAAGUGACGGAUGACAAGCUGCAGAAAAUCUAUGCGACCUUGCAUGUAGAUAAGGAGGGCCAGGAUGGUGAGGCGCGUAUUAGAGUUGAAAUACAUCCAGUCGACGUUAUAGACAAGCAUAAUAAUAUCGAUGAUGCUAUAAAUUCAUUAGCAGACCAAGGUAUCAGUCCGGCCGAAGUUAGUCCCGUGAAAAAUUUCUUAAGCGGAAAAAAUUGUUUACAUGGUGGCAAUGGAUGGUGGAAGUAUGAAUUCUGCUAUGGACGUUCGGUAGUCCAGUAUCACGUAGAGCGUGAUAGUACAAAAACAAUCGUAAAUCUCGGUAAAUUCGAUAAGCAGAAGCAUUUAGAUUGGAUCGCGGCUCAUCCACAUAAAAAGCUAAAGUCACCAGAGCUACGGAAACAACUUUCCCACUUUUAUAGCGACGGAAAUAUCUGCGACAAAACGGGUAAUCCAAGACAAACGGAGGUGAAAUUGAAGUGCAUCGAGCACGCGGCCAGUCCAUCGAGUGUUUCUCUGUUUCUGCUUGAACCGAAAACGUGCGAAUACAUUCUGGGAGUCGAAUCGCCGUUGAUCUGUGAUAUUUUAGAAUACGCCGAUGAAAAUGGACUUCUUAACGAAAAAUUUGAAGUUAAUUUCGAUAAGUUGAAGACCACCGCUUUCCACGAAUACGACGAUUUGGACGAGAGAAUAGCAAACGGAGACGACUAGAAUAAUAUAUUUGAUUAACGGUUUAUAAAAAAAAAAAAAAAAAACGUUUUGAUGGUAAAUGUAGUAGUAUCAAAGUGCCAGACACUUGCAUUUAGCUUCAAUCUGAUUAGAUUAAAAUUUCAUUCAUGUAGAAUUCUACUUUUAUCAGUAUACAGGCAUAAAUACAUAAAAGUUCUCGUGCAUACAGGGUGCUCUUUACAAUAUGUUUCUCAUGCAACCAUUGGAAUUCUUCAGACCAACCGCGCUCUACGCAUAUUGCCACAAAUUGUUGUACGACGGCUGUUGUAGCAAUAUAU